CCAUUUCCUUUAUAAUCCUUCAAUACUAGAAUAAACAUGCACAAGUUCUAUUUUUUAAUUUUUUUUUUUUUUUAUAAAAAAAGCUCUUGCUAGCAACUUAGCAGGAAUUAUUUUCCCGUCAUACAUAAGCUUGUAAGGAAAACAUGAAUGCUCUUGCGGAAGGGAACAUGAAUAAGGAGAUUACGGUUGACGUCGAUGUUAAUCAUCGAGAACCAUGGAUUGAAGGGAACAUGAAUAAGGAGAUACCAUUGCAUAUAGCAAUCAGGGAAGGGCACAAGGAAGUCGCUUUGUCUUUGCUGUCAAUUGAUUCGAACAUUUCGGGGUUGAUGAGUGGCUUUUGUGACAAGGAUGGUUAUACUCCUCUCUACCUCGCGGUAGAAAAGGGGUUUGAAGAUGUUGCCUUAAGAAUGUUGGAGUCAAGUACUGAUUCUUCAGACAAAGACAAUACCACGUCAAACUAUCAAAAUCCCUUAAGUGUGGUGCCCCAGUGCUCAGAGAAUGUCGGACGAAAACUGCUGGAAAGAUACCCCGAUCUCAUGUACAGAAGCAAUAAUGUAAGCCGUGAGGAGACAUUUCUUCAUGAUUGGGUUAGAUAUGAGAAGCUAGAUUCUUUGAAAUGGUUUCUAGAGCAAAAGCCUAUACCGGAGAUAGCUUGGUCUACAGUCCGCCAAAAAGUAAUCUGUCAAAAGGACACAUUUGAUUAUAAUCCUCUUCAUGUUGCCGCGGAACGUAGCUUACCUGAAGUAGCAGACCUCCUUAUAGAAGCAUACUUACAGGAGCAAAAAUAUCACAAGAGAGAUCAGUACAACGGAAAAAAUCAGCAUCCUUGGUUACAAAGGAACAAAAACGGGGAUACUCCUUUGCUUUUGGCCAUCAGAAAUAAAAAAUUUGAAGUGGGGAUGCAUUUGUUGGAUGAGAAAAAUAAUCCUGAAGAUCAGUGCAAGAUCACCUCCAACACCGGUGAAAGUCCACUUUUCCUAGCUGUCCAAAAUAAUUAUUUCGACCUAGUAAGAGAAAUAAUUCUGAAAUGCACAAGUACAGAAUACACUGUGCAUACUGGUCCAGAUAAACAAAACCCUAUGCACGUAGCUUUAAACUGCCCAGAAAUUGCAAAAUUGCUGAUAGAAUACCACCCUGAGUGGGCAAAGAGCAAAGAUAGCAAAGGAAAUACGCCCCUAGACAACGCAGCCAAAGCCGGAGAUACAAGCCUUAUUGAAUUAUUGCUAAUGAAAGUUAACUGGAUGGAGAAUUCACCUAGAGCUUGGGUUAAUGCCUGUGAAAAUGGUCACGUAGGUGCUUUCCACCAAUUGAUAUCGAGCGACAAGGAAAAAUUCUGGCGGCUUUGUGAGAUGCAAACAGAUACACCUCUGCAUCAUAUCUGCCUGACAAAUCAGAAAGAUUAUGAAGAAUUCAUCAAAACAUAUCCUGGAAUAGAACAACAGAUUAAUGUAAAGGAUAGUCAAGGCGCGACACCUUUGCAUCAAGCAAUACAACGGAAAGAUUUGGUCCUGGCUGAAGUAUUACUAAAAAUCAAGGCAAAACCAGACAUUAAGGACAAUAAUGGGGUAACAGCCAUGGCAAUGCUAGCAAGUGAAUGUGAGAAAUCUAAAGAAUGGGAUUCAAUGUGCAAGCGUACAGAUAUAUAUCCAAGGAUAAAAACAAGCUAUGUGUCACAAAAGACAAACUUGGGGGAAAUGAGAGGGACGAUGUCAGUAGUAGCAGCACUUCUAGCCACAAUAACAUUCGCAGCUGGACUCCAAGUUCCUGGUGGUUUCAAUGAUAAAGGAAAAGAUGCUUUAGGGAAUAAUGCAGCAUUCGUAGCGUUCUUGAUAUUUGAUACAUAUGCGAUGUGUUGUUCUAUGGUUGUCUUGUUCUCUCUAAUCUGGGCUAUGGAUUUGGAUAAUGAAAAGGCACUAGUUUUAAUUGAUCUCAGUGUGAGUAUACUCCAGCAGUCCUUUUAUGGGACUCUGCUAGCCUUCAUGACUGGAGUUUACGCUGUGGUGUCUCAUCACCAUCACUCUUCUGGAUGGGCAGUUUCCAUUUUCAUCAUUGUGGUGUGCUGUAUGGUCCUACUCAUAACCAACAAGAGUAUUCUUCUCUGGAUCCUUCAAAGUUCAAAACUAGGAUGCGAUGAAUAAUUUGGAGUGAGUAUAUUAAAUCAGUUGGUUCCUCAGGAUAGAUAUAAUUACUACCAAAAUGGAUAAAUAAUCUCGUGAGAACCCCUCCUUUAUGUGAGAAUUGUUCUUAUGUGAGAACACUUUUUAUGUUCUAAAUAUUUACUUGUAUGUUUUAAAUUUUAUACCUGAUGUUAUAAACUUUUUCCCAGGUGUCCAAAAUUAAAUCAGAUGUUCUAAAUUAGUACU